AUGAUUAGAUGUGCAAUAUCUGCUGUUCGUGGUAUAAGACCUCUUUUAGUCCCAUAUGUAAAUGCUGCCAAGAUCAUUUCUAACAAGAACUUCUCGACUUUUAAUAAUGUUUGCUGCGUAUCUUCAAACAUUAGUGAGAAACCUAUUUCCCUUGUGAAUAAUAAGCAGAUUUUAGAAAUAUCUAGCCGCCUUGGUGUUGUUCCUGCCAGGACUGUUACAAAAUUCAGCCUCAAUAAAGGAAAAAGGAAGACAGUUAAGGCUGCAAUUCGUAGAUUUUUUAGAUUACACUGGGGAGGUUGGAUUAGACCAAAAGUAGGCCGUCAUAAAAAAAUGUGGAAAAAGUCCUCUGCCCAGAAAAGACGCUUAAGGCAACAUGUUUUCUGUAACUCUACUCAAAAUACAUUGCUUGACAAAAUGGUUACAAAGUUCUGGAAAAGACCUAAAUAUUAUGUUGAAGAUCCAUAUGCACCAUACCAUAGCAGAGAAGAAUUUUCAUACACCAGAAAGAAGCCUGUAGCAAGGAAUUAG